CGAAGGACCAAAAAUGUUAUUACCCAAUAGAUACAUGACCAAAAUGAAAAUAUUCUACACCCUCCAUAUAUUAAUAUAUUAUGCAUCCACCUACCUCCACCAGCCCAUCGCUCUGUGUUUUUCAGACGAACACUUUGGUAGCUUCGCCUACUUUCUCGAUUCAAAAGUUCCUCACAAAAACCAACAAAAAGAUAUGGGCAGCUCUGGAUUUUCAUGGAAGCUGAAGGAUCACCCCAAGUUGCCCAAGGGAAAACAAGUAGCGGUCGUGGUUUUGGACGGAUGGGGUGAGGCCAACCCCAAUCAGUACAACUGCAUCCACGUGGCCGAGACCCCCACCAUGGAUUCGCUGAAGAAGGGAGAGCCUGAUAGGUGGAGAUUGGUGAAGGCUCACGGGCCAGCAGUAGGGCUGCCCACAGAGGAUGACAUGGGUAACAGUGAGGUUGGUCACAAUGCACUUGGUGCUGGCAGGAUUUUUGCACAGGGUGCAAAGCUUGUUGAUAUUGCUCUUGAAACGGGUAAAAUAUACGAUGGAGAAGGUUUCAAGUACAUCAAAGAAUCUUUUCCGAAUGGAACUCUUCAUCUCAUUGGAUUAUUAAGCGAUGGAGGUGUCCACUCUAGGCUUGACCAGUUGCUGUUGCUUCUUAAAGGUGCUAGCGAACAUGGUGCCAAAAAAAUCCGUGUUCAUAUUCUCACUGAUGGACGUGAUGUGUUGGACGGCAGUAGUGUGGGCUUUGUCGAAACUCUAGAAAAUGAUUUGGCAAAGUUGCGUGAGAAAGGCGUUGAUGCGAGGGUUGCAUCCGGUGGGGGCCGCAUGUAUGUUACGAUGGAUCGUUAUGAGAACGACUGGGACGUUGUCAAACGAGGUUGGGAUGCCCAAGUGCUUGGAGACGCACCCCACAAGUUUACAAACCCCAUUGAGGCUGUGAAGAAACUGAGAGAGAUCCCCAACACAAAUGACCAAUACUUGCCCCCUUUUGUUAUUGUUGAUGAUAACGGAAAGCCCGUUGGGCCUAUUGUAGAUGGCGAUGCCGUUGUGACAUUCAACUUCAGGGCAGAUCGUAUGGUUAUGUUGGCCAAGGCACUCGAAUACGAGGACUUUGAUAAAUUCGAUCGGGUCAGGUUUCCCAAAAUUCGUUAUGCUGGGAUGCUUCAGUAUGACGGUGAGCUCAAACUCCCGAGUAAGUACCUUGUUUCGCCACCAGAGAUCGAUAGAACGUCUGGGGAGUAUCUUGUGCAUAAUGGCAUCCGUACUUUUGCUUGUAGUGAAACAGUUAAAUUUGGUCAUGUCACAUUUUUCUGGAACGGGAACCGUUCUGGGUACUUUAACCCAGAAAUGGAAGAAUAUGUUGAAGUCCCAAGUGACAGUGGAAUAACCUUCAAUGUCCAGCCGAAGAUGAAGGCACUGGAGAUUGCUGAGAAAGCAAGGGAUGCCAUCCUUAGCCGCAAAUUUGAUCAGGUACGUGUCAACCUACCUAAUAGCGACAUGGUUGGACACACUGGUGAUAUUGAAGCAACAGUUGUGGCUUGUAAGGCCGCUGAUGAAGCAGUGAAGAUGAUCCUGGAUGCAAUUGAACAAGUUGGCGGAAUAUAUGUUGUCACUGCUGAUCAUGGAAAUGCUGAGGAUAUGGUGAAGAGAAACAAAAAGGGCGAACCACUUCUCGACAAGAAUGGCAACAUUCAAAUUCUAACUUCUCAUACUUUGCAACCUGUCCCGGUUGCUAUCGGUGGGCCUGGGCUGGCACCUGGCGUGAGAUUCCGUAAAGACGUACAUACUGCUGGGCUGGCCAAUGUGGCUGCAACGGUCAUGAACCUACACGGAUUUGAAGCCCCCAGCGAUUAUGAGACCACUUUAAUCGAGGUCGUUGACAAUUAAUUACGCCUCUUAAUCAGUUCGUGCUUCGAAAUUUUGCUGAGGAAGCGUGUUUUUCGGAAAACACUAUUUUGAUUAUUUAGAAGAAAUACUUUCUUACCUAUUUGCUGCUAUUACUACGAUAUAGUACUCUAAAGCAGCAGCACACUAUGCUUUAGAGAUUGAAAUAAUUGAUUAUUAGAACUGAGAACUGUUUACUAUGCCUGCAAGAAGAGUGUGUUUUGGUUGUGUAUGAAACUCUGAAUGCAACCAAUAUUUGGUUGCUUGAGUUGGUACUGUUUAAUUUAUGGCAUUUAUCAUUUGCUAUGUUUAUUUGAAGGAAUUAUUACAUUUAAAAUGCAUGUUAAAAGAUUAUAUUCCAACUAAGCAACCAUACUUUUC